AGAAUACGAUGCAAUCGGAUACGAGCAGUUUACAUAAGCGCAAAAGUGUAAUUUCUAGUCAAUCCACCGGUAGCAGCAAUGAUCAACAACCGCUCACAUUUACACAGCAAUUGCAACGUCAAACUAAAUUAAACUCUCGCAAUAAUCCUUUUGUGCAAAACGCGCCAAUCAUCAAUGCUAAAAAUAGUGCUUCAGCAGCGCAUAAAGGUGCACAUGGACACCACUCUCAAAGACAUUCGCAGAUGUUACCCAAUUUAAAUGAGCAUCAUUUGGCAUCAAAUAUAGGAACAAAUGAAGCUGAUCUCUACGACAUGGAAUGCAUGUCGCCUUUGUAUGCUACACCUCCACACUCACCCAGUAGUGAGCUCAGUUCACCAGGUCAGUUACCAUCAAUAAAUGUUUUUGAUGAGAUUGCUGGGGCUUCUGGCAGUAAUCAUAGCAACGCAAUUGGUGCAACCAGCAGCAAUUCAGGUGGCAAGUCUGUUUUACCAGAUAAUCACUUCGCGCGUGACACACACAUGCGCAUAAUCUUGGGAAAUCUUAAAGAGAAUCAAUCAAGUUCAUCAAGCAAAAAUAAACGUAGCGGCAUUACUACAAAUCCAGCAAUGCGUCUUAUUCGUAGUCGGUUUGAUUCAGCAGCACAAUUGAUUCGACGAACCAAUAAUAUGCUAUCUUCAAAUAGUAAUCAGGGGUCUUCAAGUAUUGGCGUAAAAUCGGGAACAUUUCAAUGGCGUAAAGAAAGUCAAAUGUAAUUUAAAAUUUUAUAUGUA